AUGACUACCCUUUCGACACCCCGCGGCCGCCAGGCCCUUGCCGUUAGCAUUGUCUUUACCACGCUUGCCACAUUCAUUACAGCUGCUCGAAUAUAUACGCGCGCAUUUCUUGUGAAACAGAUGGGAGCCGAUGACUAUGUGAUCCUUGUCUCUUUAGCCUUCUCGUGGAUUUUCUUUGGCCUGCUGGUCGGUGAGGUAUACCACGGCAUGGGAGAACAUUACGCCAUGAUUCCCGCAGCGAUCUAUAAAACUCAAAUGAUUUGCUUCUGGGCUUCCGUUCCCAUUUACCAAACGAGUCUCAUCAGCACAAAGAUGUCAAUCCUUCUCCAAUACAAACGAGUCUUCUCCACACCACGAAUGCGUCUAGCCUGCUGGAUAUUGAUCGGCUUCCUUGGUCUCUACGGAACGUGGACUAUUGUCAGUGCGUGGGCUAAUUGUGUUCCUCUGGCCAAAUUUUGGGAUCCAACCGUUCCAGGCUUCUGCCUAGACAAGAAGGCUCUAUGGUUUUCCAACUCGGGUAUUCACAUUUUGACUGAUGUUAUUAUUCUAAUCUACCCCAUGCCGGUACUCAAGUCGUUGCAGCUGCCCAAGAAGCAGAAGAUUGCUCUCAUGGCUGUAUUCGCACUGGGCGCGAUCGUCUUGGUCACAACAAUUCUUCGUCUUCAAUCCUUGUUGGUCAUUUCCAAUUCCAGUGACGCGACUUAUGACAAUGUCGGCGCAGCAGCCUGGUCUGCCGUCGAAUGCAAUGUGGCGAUCAUCUGUGCCUGUCUACCAGGGACCCGGGCAUUCCUCUCUCAACUUCUGCCUCACAUCUUCUCGACCCGUAGCAAUGGCUACCGCAGCAGAACUACACGGCCAACACGUACUGGCCGCAGCGUUCUCACUAGCCAUGGAAAUACGCAAGUCCUUGCCUCUGUUGUCGGUGGCCGUGAUCCGGGUUACGACAACGAUCUAGAAGCCCUAUCACCAUCUGGUUCGUCCAUGAACAGUUAUUCGAAGGGCUAUAAAGAGGAUUUCAGUGGUAUCAAGGUCACUACCGAUGUGACACAACAGACCAUGUCUCAUCCGAAGAUUUCUGUUACAGACGACAAGGAGAGCACGAAAGAGUUGGUAUGA